GAGGGCCUAGAGCAUAUGACAAACCUGCAAAUUCUAAAUUUGGCCCAUAACAACAUUGAGCAUGUACCUGCCUGGGUGGCAAAGAAGCUUCGAUCGCUGCAGUCGCUGAACUUACAGCACAACAAGAUUUUUUCGUUGCAUGAGAUUGCCAAACUGAAGCCCCUGAAAAACUUGACGGAACUGGUACUAGCUGACAACCCCGUGGCCGGUUUACCCCACUACCGCCUCUUUGUCAUCUUCCAUCUGAGGUCCCUGGAGAUGCUGGAUGGCCAACCUGUGACCGAGCUAGAGAGAGAAGAGGCUCACCAGCGCUUUCAUAUCGAGGAGGUAGAGCGAUUGGAGCAGGAGUUGGAAGCUUUUGUGGCUGAAAUUGAGAAGUUGAGGAUGGAGCAGACCUCCGCCCUGGAGGAGCUGGAGAGACAGCUAGCGCUCAACCGCAGCCUUGAGCUACAGAGCCAAAGGCAGCAGCAAUGUCAGGACAAGUUAGAAAGAGAACUGGAAACCAAGUCUGAACUGUCCUUAUUGUAUUCUCCUCUGCUGGAUUCUGUCUGUCAGCUGAAGCAGAAGACGAUGGAGCUGACCAGAGCCUGUCAGAAGCAGUAUGAGCUGGAGCAGGAGCUGGCCUUCCAUAAGAUAGAUGUCAAGUUUGAACCUCUCCCAAAUUACCCUGAUCAUGACAUGGACGUGGAUGCGUCUCCCGGAGAGAGCCCUUACAUAGGAAAAGCUCGUCACAAAAGGAACACAACUGGACCAGAGAGCUCAGAGACCAGAGACAGGUGUCAGACCUCGGCAGAGUUCACAGAAACCGACAGCCCAGGAGGUGAUGUGUCCAGACAUGCCCAGGCCAAAGCUGAGGAGCAUCUGCAGCGCUUGCACAGAGAGAUUGAAAAGGCAGAGAAUCAGAUUCUCAGAGUCAGCGAGGAGCUUGGACACCUGGAGGAGGCCGUGGCCCAGAGACGGAUCUCAGAGGCGGAGAAGGAACAUCUCCGACAGCAGCUCCACCGGAAGAUCCAGCACUUGACGGAGCUGAGGAGAGAGACAGAGGAGGUGGAGAGGCAGCUGGACCAACAGGGGGAGCUCAUGAGUCAGACUCAACAGGAGAUAGAAAAGCUCCAGAGCCUGCUCAACACCCUGGACCCCAGUGACCCGAGACACACUCACGUGAAGGCUCAGCUGUCCAGUAAGAGCCAGCUGCUGGACAUGAUGAGCAGGAAGCACCGCGAACUGGAGAGUCGCCUGGACGACAUGCUGACCCGAAUCGCUAAGGAAACAGAGGAGAUCAAAGAUCUGGAGCAACAGCUAACGGAAGGUCAGAUAGCCGCUAACAAGGCUCUAAAGCGGGACCUGGAAGGCAUCAUCGCUGGGCUGCAGGAAUACCUCCACGCGGUGAAGGACCAGGCACGCCGCGCCCAGUCCGACUGCCAUCACCUGCAGGGGGAGAACGAGUCUCUUCAGUGCCUCUUACAGGAGAGAGAGGAACAGCUCAACCAGCUGGAAUCUGUGGCUCGGAGUGCCAAAAACAGCCAGGAGGCGCUGCGGAAACAGGAGCAGGAGCUGGCUGACCUGAGGAAGGAGAACGCGGAGCUGCUUCGGGUUCAGGGGCAGGUCAGCGCUUACGAGGCCGAGUUAGAGACCCAGCUGCAGAGGAGCAACAGCGAGGCCAACCAGCUAAAGGAGGAGCUAGGCCGACUGCACAGGCUCAGCCAGAUGGAGCACUCGGCCCUGCAGGCGGAGCUGGAGAACGAACGACAGGCGAAGGAGAACGCUUUGGCCCAGCUGCGGCUUUCCGCGGAGAGAGAACUGGAGAACGCCAGGCUGCUGGAACAGCUCAACGUUCUACAGGAGGAGAGGAGUUCUCUGAGGGAGAGGGCUGAUGGUCUUCAAGCUGAACUGGAGCAGACCAGAGAGGAGCUUCUGUGUCCCAAACAGGUGGCCGAGCGUGUAGAGGAGCUGACAAACUGGAUCGCCUCGAGCCAAGAAGAUAUACGGCUGGAAGAUGGAGCAGACCCCGUGGAUGUUAGCCUGUCCCGGCUGCAGCAGGAGCUGAGGCGCGUGGUCUCCGCGGCGCAGGCCGACAGAGAGGAAGCCCGGCGAGCUCAGGACAGACUCGUUUGUGAGACGGCCUCUCUCCGAGAGAGACUGCGCAGCUAUCAGGACAAGUACAGAGCACAGGCUGCAGAGCUGCACAGUGAGGAGGCGGAGCUUCACAAGCUGAGGGAGGAGCUACAGGAGGCCCAGCAGCAGCAGUACUUGAUGGUUCAGCGUUUAGAGGAGGCGGAGAGUGAGAGAGAUCGACUCCUCGCUGAGCUGGAGGACCAAGACAAACAGAUGAAAGAAGGUGAGUUUCAUACUCAGGAGCAGCUGCAGUCACUAAACCUGGAGCUUCAGGACCUCAGAAGAUCUUUCACCAACGCAGACAAAACAGUCGCCCAGCAAUUAAACGCGGCGAAGGAGCAGCUCCGCUCUCUUCACAAGACUGUCGAGAAAAUCAGACAGGAGAGAGCAGAGGAUGCCGAGGAGCUGGAAGACUCCAGAGUAGAGACCACUCAGGCCGUCCAGGACCUCACGAGGGCAGAGGAGGAGAUCCAGUUCCUACAGAAGCUUCUGAAAGACAGGGCACACGUAAUGGACAAGAAAGUCCACAGUGCUUCAGACCCCACCAUCCAACAUCAGGAACUGGAUAGAUUACAUCAGGCUCUGAAACGCCAGCGGGCUCAGACCAAACGACUGAGAGAUCAGCUGGCCAAAGCUAAAGAAGCUAAUAAUGGGAACCUGGAGGAGCUUCUAAGUGAGAUAGAAGCUCUUAGAGACACCCUGCUUCAACAGAACAGCUUCCUGACCAGCUUCGGAGACUCCCAGAGGAGCCGAGGUUACUGGUGCUUUGUACCACCUGCGCAAAACCCCCCUAGUUUAGGGUCCCAGGGUACACAGGAUUCAGGGUUAGGGUCCCAGUACCCCUUCUCUCCAGAAAGGGGUCGACGUUCUGGCCGCAGAAGCCGAAGGGAGAGGGAACACCCUCCGAAAACAGGCUACUGGAUCAAUUCUCCUCAUCGACACAGCUCACACAGUCAGAGAGAAAGAGGGAGGGACAGCGGUGGAGAGAGCGACGACAGUAUCUCCGCCUCCCGCUUCACUCCGCCCCCUGGGUGCGUCAUAUACACAAGUCCGCCUCCCGGCUCCACCCUCCCACCCGGCACGGUUAUCUAUGCCCCGCCUGUGGCUGGGUUGUCCGUCAGCCCUGGGACAGUCAUAUAUGGACCACCACCACAGGGUGCUAGACUAGUUUAUGGACCUCCACCAACCGGACUUUCGUUCCCUCUGGUGCCCACAGGAGUUCUUCACUGUAACAUGCCUGGACAUCAAGACAUGGAGGCUGAGCUGAGGGGAGCACAGCGUUUGCUCAGGGAGCAGGAGCAGCGGGAGUGUGGCAGAGUUCUCAGUGAGGACGAGGUUCACUCCCUGCAGGAGCAGAGAGCUGAGCUCCAACAGGAGCUAAAGGAGCUACGCAGAAACAUCGGCCGAUUGCAGCGUCGCAGGAGGGCGCUGGAGAGCACAGGCAGCGGUGUGGAAGCUGAAAGGUCAGAGCUGGAGGAUGAGGUGGAGUGUGUAGAACAAACUCUGCUUAAGCGCAGAGCUGAGCUCAGGGAGGCAGACAGACUCCUGCUGGAGGCCCAAACUGACCUGAAGGAUACGAGAGCUAAGGCCAAAGAUGUGUUACAGCGCUACAGCGAGGCUCAGAGGCGUGUUGAGGAGACUGAACAUGAGCUGGAGGAGAUAGAACAGCGUGCUCAGGAUAACGCCACCCAGCUUGUGCACAGCAAACAGCAGCUCCGAGAUCUUCAGGACAAGGUUCAGGAGCUGCAGAAGUGUAAGCUGGACCAGGAGCACACCCUACACGACGUCGAGGACGUGCUAGCAGCUCGUGACGCGGAGUUCCAGGAGAUCACCCGAAAACUGGAGAAGGCCACUGACCGGUGGGAAGCUUCGCAGAAGGAGCUGAGAGAGAGUCAGGCGUUGGAGAUGAAGCUAUUGGAGCGCUGUAGAGAGACUGAACACACCUUUAACCUACGGCAGAAAGAACUGGAGCGAGUCAGCGCUCAGGUGGCACUGCGGCAGGAGGAGCUGACACUGCUGGACAAAAAGCUCGGUCAGUGGCGUGAGGAGGAGUCUGUGUUGCGUGGGAGUUUAGAGCAGCACAGACAGAGCCUGGUGGAGGUGCUUCGACAAGGAGAGGAGGACGCCUGCGACCUUCGCCAGCGCAUCAAGGAGCUGCGUGUGGAUCUGCAGAGCCUGUCUGUGCAGAAGGGGGAGUUGGACUCCCAGCUCUCAGAGAAGAGGAGUAGACUCUCCCAGUAUAAACUUGAGGAGCAGCAACAAGAGGAGAUGCUUCAGAGUCUUUGCUCCACAAUCAGCAAGAACAAAGCAGAACUGAAACACGUGUUAGAGAUGAUUCAGUUAGAAAACAGUGAGCUGCAAGGAGUGAAGCUUCAGCAUGAUCAGAAACUGGACCAGCUGGAGAAGACCCAGGAGAACCUGCUUCAGGUGCGUGUUGAAUUGGAGGGCCUUCUACAGGAGACCCAGCAGCACCGUGGGGAGGCGGAGAGACAACGGAAGCUUCUGGAGCAGGGGAGAGAGGAGGUCGAGGAGCUGAAGGAGGAGGCUCACAGACUCAGGGAGCAGGUGGAGGCCGCAGACAAAGAGAGAAGCUCUCUGGAGGAGAAGUGUAAAAACCUGGAGGCUCGCCGCACACACGCACAGAGGUGCUUACUGAGUACAGAGGAGGAGGCAACAUCAGCAGAAGCAGAGCUACUCAGGCUGCGGUCCGAGCUGGACAAAGUCAAACAGGAGCAGAGACAGGCUCACAGCCUGAGACAGGAGACACACAGAAACACAGCAGCUACACGCCAGCAGCUGCAAGAGGAAUCCGAGGAGCUGACCAGACUAAAGAAACAGGUCUCUGACUCACAACACCAACUGGAAACCAUUGGAGAGGAGGUAAGAGCAGCUUCCAAGGAGCGCGUGGAGCUUCUGAAGCGGCAGGAGGAGCUGAAGAAGGACGUGCAGGAGAAAGAGGAGAAGAUUCGGAGAAGACAGUUACGGUUGGAGAAGCUGGAGCACAAGCUAAAGGAACUGGAGGCAGAGGUAGACGACAAGCAAGCACAACUGGACCAACAUGAGGAGCGUUUGAAGGUUCAGGAGCGACAGGGCUCGGAACUGGAGGAUCUGCAGAGGCAGAAACAGCAGAGGCUGCAGGCUCAGAUUCAGGCACUAGAGGGCGCUCUGGCUCAGCGCGUGGAGAAGAUGGAGCAGCUGACCGUCUCAGUGUCAGAUAUGGAGGAGAAGAGCCGCACGCUACAGAAAGACCAAGUGCAGUGUGCCCUUCUGCAAGAGCGAGUUAGGAAGCUAGAGGAGGAGGUUUCAGAGAGGAGCAGGAAGCUACAGGAGAAGGCUGAGGAGGCGCAGGCCCUGCUGGAUGAGCUGAGCAGCUGCCGCAGUGAGGCGCGUUGCCUCCAGGAGGCGCUGUCUGCGGAGAGGAGCGGUGCAGAGGGCAGACUGGAAACACUUAGGAAUCGCUGUCGGACAGACAGGGAGAAACUCGAAGUAGCCGAACAGGAGCGAGUGAAGCUGCAGAGAGAGCUAGUGAUGGUGGAGAAAGCUGCCCAGGAGAACCAUCAGAGGGCCAGGAGUCUACAGAAAGAACUCAACGCCGUCUCCAAAGAACUGCUCUCCCUCAAAGACAAGAUGCGCAGUCAGCAGGAAGGUGAAGCUCGUGUGCGGGACAUUAAGGAAGCCAUGCGAUCGCUGAAGUCAGACGUGAAGGCAGAGCUAAACGAGGGCAUGAGGGCACUGGAGAGCUUUCCCAGUACCUCCUCAGACACAGACAACCUGAAAGAGAACUUCCCCUGCCUCACGCAGCCUGUGGCCAGACCAGUUUACAAUGCCAAGGAUGAGCAGUGGCGCGGGGAGGUGCUGAGAGAGAGACUCCGACAGCAGGAGGACCACCUCAAGGCCCAGCUGCGCAGAUGCAUGUUUUCCCAGCAGGAGGCGCUGUGUUUGCGCAGGCAGCAGACAGAGGGCAGCAUACAGUGCCUGCGCAGACGCGUGGACAAGUUGGACCAGCUGCUAGGGAACUCUGCCAGCGAGGCUGUGUGUUCAGGCGGGUCUGACCCCUCUGCUAAACAGGGCUUUGUAAGUAAAAGUCUCUGA